GCCUCCGUUAAACUCAGAGCCCUGAGAACAAGCAGUCAGGCGCCAUGUCUUCUACCGUAAGAACUCGGCACUGCUAUCCUCUUCGUUCGGGGGGUGAUUAUGUUAAUAACUGGAUAGGAGACCAAUCAGAACCUUCCACCGGUAACCGAUAUUCUCUUUAAGCAGAAAGGGGCCAAAGGACUGAGCUUUGAAAAACUCGGCGAGCUCCUGGGGCGCGACGAGGUUGCUGUCGCUGCCAUCUUUUACGGCCAAGCCCAAGCCUCUCCGGAUGACAUCAAGAAACUGGCUGAAGUGUUGGAAUUGAACGAAGUGGUAGUCGCAAAUGAUUUGGGGGGGUUUCCUGAUCGGGGGAGAACACUCGACAUGCCUCGUAAGCGCGGUGAAUCUCACGCUGGGCACGUUUUGAAGCUGAUGGAAAAUUUGAUGUCUAGCGAGGGAGCCAUUGAUCUACCGCCUCUACGAGAUUAUCCAAAACUACGGAUUGGCGUACAAGGCGGUUCUGAAUGAGAAGUUUGGUGACGGAAUUAUGAGCGCUAUCGCUUUCUCAACAAAGGUGGAGAAGGAAACCGACGACAAGGGGGUUGAAUGGGCAGUCAUUACCCUUAGGGGUAAAUGGUGAGAUUCCUCCACUUGGGCUGUGAUGACUCUGCUGACCAUAUUUCAGGUUACCAUAUUCUCGAUUCUAAGGAUGUGGAUAUCCUAGAGGGACCGGAACACUGAUUUCUGGGGAAUUUUGGAUAGGGUAACUCGAUCGCAAAUAGUAGAUUUGGGAUUGGGAAGGAAUCAUGAGAUAUGUGAUGAAUGAUUGUAGGAGCACAUUUAGCUUUUUUUUUCCCCCCAGCCCAUUGCUAUACUCGUAUAACUUGAUCAAGAUAUCCCUUCG